UUGACAGACAGACAUUCAUUGAGAACAUCAACAUCAAAUGAAGAAAAAAGACUUGAUAAAACGGUGACUUAAAAAUCUCGAUUGCAAAAUUUAGUCAUUGGGAAUCCUAGUUUAGUAUUCAGUUGAUAGACCUAUUCAGUGGAUGAAUACAAUAGAUUGAAUGAAUUAUGGAAUAUUGCCAAGUCUUUAUCACUUGAUAUUGUGAUACUACUGACAUGAAGGUCGAUGGUUCGAUGCAUGGAUAUACUAAAAAAUACCGAAAAUCCGAUAAACCUUUCUUUACGAGGAACGUAUUUCUACCAAGGAUGCGUCUAAAGACAAGGACUGUAUUCCUAGUGGCGGUUCUUUUCGCUGCUUUCCUCGUCUUCGUUAGCUCACAGAUAUGGACUCGAUACCGUUCAGAAGAUGAUGGAUUCUCAACUGACAGACAUCAUUCUGGUUCAAAAAACGUUAUUCGUGUCCUAAACAAUUCAGCAUCUCCUUUAAAAACAGACCUAAAGUGCCGUAUGUUCUCCUGUUUCGAUAUCUAUCGCUGUAAAUUCAAUGAGAAUAGUUUAAUAAGUGUUUAUGUUUAUCCGUUUAAUGACUAUGUUGAUGGAAAAGGAAACAGAAUCCACAUGAAGCCAGUUUCCCAACAGCUUUAUGAACUGCUCACUGCUAUAAAGCGUAGCAGUUAUUAUACAAGUGAUAGAAAAAGUGCUUGUAUUGUUGUUCCUUCUAUUGACUUGCUAAAUCAAAAUAGAAUGGAUUUGACUUCUGUACAAAAUAUGCUGUUAAGCUUGCCCAGUUGGACACAAUCAGGUCAAAAUCACCUGAUAUUCAACAUGCUACCAGGUGGCCACCCUGAUUAUAACACAUCUUUAGAUCUUCCUCUUGGAAAAGCUAUCCAAGCAGGGGGAGGCCUGUCAACAUGGACAUACAGACCUGAAUAUGACAUUAGCAUUCCAGUGUACAAUGUCCUUACCAAUAAACAAGUAGCAUUAGCUCAAAACAGGCAAACAAGAUGGCUUGCAAUUUCAAGUCAAGUCAAUUAUUCCCCUGAAUACAGAAAAGAACUCAAUGAACUGGCCAAGAGCAGCCAAGACUAUCUUAUAUUAGAACAGUGUGCUGACCCUAAGAAUGAUAAUCCUUUGAAGAGAUGCAAGGAUGGCACUGUCUAUAGUUAUCCAGAUGUUCUGCAGAGUGCAACAUUUUGCAUGGUUAUCAGAGGUUUGCGUCUGGGACAAAGUACUCUCAUGGAUUCAUUGAUGAUGGGAUGUAUACCAAUAGUGAUAAGUGAUAACUAUGUUUUACCAUUUUCUGAAGUUCUUGAUUGGAAAAGAGCUGCUAUUGUCGUACCAGAAGAUGAUAUCCAAACAAUCCCAAAUCUUCUAAAAGACAUUUCUUCUAAAGAAAUAGCAGACAUGAGACGACAGGGUCAGUUCUUGUGGAAUAAUUACUUUAGUUCCAUGAGUAAAAUAGGGCUUACAACACUGAAGAUCAUCAAUGAUAGAGUCUAUAAACACAGGGCAUGGAUGUAUGAGGACUGGAAUGCACCCUUUUCUACCUCCGAUGGCAAAAUAACAAACACAGUCCUACCACCAUUGUUUCUUCCUCUCAUCCCACCACAUUCUCAAGGCUUCACAGCAGUGGUACUGUCCUAUGACAGAGUGGACAUGAUGUUCAAAGUGUUGAAGAAAAUAUCUGAUACGCCAAGUCUUGUGAAGAUUGUAGUUGUAUGGAAUAAUGUAAAUAAAGCUCCACCUUCAGUUGCCAAGUGGCCUAAGUUAUCCAAACCAGUCAAGGUUGUCCAGACUAAGAGGAAUCGAUUGAGCAACAGUAUUUCAGUCACGUGUUCACAUACAUGAUGCCAUAUCAUAUUCGAUCCUGGGUUGACAAUCAUAUGAACUGUGAAGACAUUGCAAUGAACUUUAUGGUGGCUAACUACACAGGCAAAGCUCCGAUCAAGGUAACUUCCAGGAAGCGUUUCAGGUGUUACAACUGCACAAGCGAUUCAUUAUGGGCCAACCCGAAACACUUCGUGGAGCGGUCGGCCUGUUUAAACGAGUUCGUCAAAGCAUAUGGAGGACACAGCCCACUGAAGAGCGUGGAAUUCCGCGCUGAUCCGAUUCUCUUCCGAGAGAACGUUCCUGAUAGAAUCAAAAAAUAUAGAAACAUCGGAACUGUUUGAUAAAACCGAACUGUACUCUACAGCUUUUUUAUUGUAACUGAAAAGCCUAUAACGGGAGUCGUAAAGUGCAAACAGUAUAUCGGUGGAAUAGUAUUAACUAGUUAGUACAAGACAAUAAAAACAAAAGAAAUAGA